AUUCACCCCGGGGCGGGCAGCCGCUUGCCAGCGCCAGCUUCCUUGAGCCGCGCUCCUAUUUGCUCCCUGCUGCAGCUGCCGGCGUUUCCCUGAGCUUCCCUCUGCACCUUCAUCCGCUGGAACCGCUUCGGAGAGAUUUUUCCGGGGUCGGGACAGGGGGGUGCUCUCGCUGGCAGACAGCAGCAGGCUGCUGCGGCAGCCAGAAGCAGCUUGGCUCCUUCCCGAGGAAGGAAGAAAGGAAGGAAGGAAGGAAGGGAGCCGGGAGCCGGGAGGCCGGAGGAUGCUCGCCGCGGUCCCCAGCCGCGGGGAUGCGGGGUUGCUAGGAGGCAGGUGAAGGUGAAGAGGAGAGCGCUGCGGAGGACCGCAGGCCCAGAUCCGCAUGUCAGACCAGAACAGCACCGACGAUGGGGAGUCAGACCCCCAGCACAGCCUGUCUAUGGUCUUUCUCCUCGUCCUUGUCUUCUUCAUCAUGGGGCUGGUGGGUUUCCUCAUCUGCCAUGUCCUGAAGAAGAAGGGUUACCGGUGCCGGACUUUCCGGGACGAGCUCGACCCAGAUAACAAAGAUGUGCUGGCAGAGCUCCAAGCCAAUGAAGAGGAGGAGCUGAAUGAGGAUACUGUAGAGAAGAUUGUGAGAUGUAUCAUCCAAAAUGAAGCAAAUGCAGAAGCCCUCAAAGAGAUGCUAGGGGACAAUGAAGGGGACAUCCCAGUGCCAGUGCCCAGCCUUUGUCCUCAUCGUAACAGCCAGGAUGGGGGCCCACCACAUCACCACACGGUGCAUCUGGGCUCCACGCAGGCCCCCUGCAUCCAUUGCAGCAAGAGGAAGAGGCACCCACUGCAUCGGCAAGGACGGUCCAAGGAUGGAAAAGGCAGGAUGCAUCCUGGAGAGACCACCGUCUUCUCAGUGGGCAGGUUUCGUGUCACACACAUCGGGAAGAAACCCACUUUCCACGAGCAGCAGGAUGGUCCCCUGCCCGACGGCAGCCGGGAGCCGAGCACAGAGGAGCUGGAGCACAGCAGCGACCGGCUCCAGCGGGAGCGGGCACGUAAUGGGACUGUCCCCACGGGUGGCCUGCAGAACGGAGCCGUCCAGAAGGGUGCCCAGAGUGGCAAGGGUGGGGAGCAGAGCCGCUCCACCACCCCAGCCUCGAACACGCCAGUCAGCUCUGGCACUCGCAGCAGCAGGCGGGCAGGCAAGGGGUCUGGCGUGGCAGGCUCGCUGCAGGAUGCUGGCACCACUCCAGGGAGCACAAGCCGCCAGAGGAAGCUCCUGAGCCAUCGGGUGCUGGGAGGGUCAAGUCCCAGCAUCCCGGGAGAGCUGGUGCAGGAAGGAGGCAGCAUCUGCCUGGAGGAGACCGGACUGGGGUCGGCAGAUGAGGUGUCGGAUAUUCACGGGAGCCUGAGUCUGCACGAACAGGCGGAUGAGUUGGGAAGAGACGACAGCAGCAGAAAACAGCCCGGAGUGGAGGACAAGGGGCAGCAGGAGCCCAGCGCGGCGGUGCAGGACCGAGGAGCAACUGUGUGACCUCCUCUCCGCUCCUGGCUGGAGCACGGAUGGGAGGCGUUGCGGCCCCCCGCCUCCAUGCUGGGCUGGGGGCUCUGCAGUGGGGGGGACCGCGGGGCAGCCGGCCCCGGGCGAGCAGCUACGCGCUUGGCAUGGCCGGAGCGACGCGCCGAUGUUACAGACAACCGCACUCGGUGCCAGACCUCAUCCCAUUGGCAAUAGGUACCUGACUCCCACCCACCGCACCUGCCCCAGAGAACCCCACCCCGCGGGGGACCCUGGGGCCUGGCAGGGGCAGGACAGCACCCAGUCCCUGCUGCCCACCCGGUCCCCGCAGCCCCCCGGCGCUGGGGGAAGGAUGCAUCAGAGGGGCAGGGAUGGAGGCAGCGGCUCGAGCCCCUCCUCGGGGCAGGGGGGGCAGCACCCCCCCAACCCACCCGGCACGUUCACCACAGAGCACAGCCCCCCCGCCCCGGGCACCCCUGCCACGCAGAGCGGUCACAGGCACAAAUCCUGCACCGGCGAGGGACCCCCUCCGCGGGUCCCCAAGGAGACGCUGGCAGAGAGAGGAGCCUCCGGUCCCAUCCCAGCACACGAGGGUCUGGAGCCCGGUCCUGGGGGGGCAGGAUGGGACCCUGUCCGGGCCAGCGGGUAGCUACGGUGCCCGCGGCCAGCUUUGGUGUGUAACCGCACUGUACAUAGACAAGCUAAAAACCAUUAAAGCUGCUGAA